AUGUUGAAGCCCAGAGAGGAGGACUGCAAGAAGUACCUGCAGAGGAGGCAGGAGCAAGCCAACCAGCCGCUCCAGGUGCCAGCAGUAGACAGCAGCGUGCCCAAGACCUUGGAGCUGAUGGGCAUCACCACCCGGGAUGAUCCAUAUGGCAAUGGAACAGAGAUGUUUGAUGCCUUCAUCUGCUACUGUCAGAAAGACCUUCAGUUUGUCCAGGAGAUGAUCAGGGAGCUGGAACAAACAGAGUUCAAACUGAAGCUCUGUGUGUUUGAUCGGGAUGUCUUGCCAGGAACGUGUGUAUGGUCCAUCACUGGAGAACUUAUAGAGAAGAGGUGUCGGAGGAUGGUGGUUGUCAUUUCAGAUGAUUACCUGGAAAGUGAUGAAUGUGAUUUUCAGACCAAAUUUGCUCUUAGUCUUUCCCCAGGUGCUCGUCUCAAGCGGCUGAUUCCAGUCAAGUGCAAAUCCAUGAAGAACGAGUUCCCAAGCAUCUUGCGGUUCAUUACAAUCUGUGAUUACACCAACCCCUGCACCAAGAAGUGGUUCUGGACGAGACUGGCAAAAUCCCUCCUGCUGCCAUGAUGCCAGGUCAGGAGAGCCAGGUGCUCUCUUGUCAUCUGUCCUGGUGGUGCCUUUGGAUCGUGGUGUCAUUCACACAGGGUCUUCUACCCCUUUAGAACCUGGAUCCUUGCAGCUGGUGUUUGGAGCCUGUCACCGGGAGCAAAGGGUUUUCUCUAGCACUUUCUUUUAACUUGAAAGGGGAA